UUAUCGUUCUCCUCCCCUUCCCCCCACAAGACCCCAACCCCGCCGGCCCACGCCAUCCCUCCCCACAUAAACAACCCCUCCUCACAGUAAAUUUCCUCGCUCCCAAUCUCGGCUUCCGAGGCACAGCGCGGCGAUCGCGACUGGAGUGGCCCUCGACCCGCCAGCGGCCGCAAUCGUCGAGGUAUCGAAAGCGAUUAGAGUGCUCGGGGAGGGGGAGACGGAGGCGGAGUAGGCGGCGAUGGGGCGGCUGUUCCUGAUGCACCUGGACGGCAACGUCUACAGCUGCAAGCACUGCAAGACCCACCUCGGCCUCGCCGCCGACAUCAUCUCCAAGGCCUUCCACUGCAAGCACGGGAAGGCUUACCUCUUCAACAAGGUUUUGAAUGUGACUACUGGAGUAAAAGAAGAUCGCAUGAUGAUGACAGGGAUGCAUACUGUCUCUGAUAUCUUCUGUGUUGGCUGUGGUUCCAUUGUUGGAUGGAAAUAUGAGGCUGCACAUGAGAAGAGCCAGAGGUACAAGGAAGGAAAAUAUAUUCUGGAGAGGUGUAAGGUGUCGGGCCCUGACGGAAGCCAGUACUGGGUUACACAUGAUGCACAUUUCGGUGGAAGCGACGCUGAUGAUGUAUGAAGCACAGUUCAACGAGCUCAAGCUUGUUGUUCAUCCCCUGUAAAUAACCUGAGUGUUGUUGGUCUUUAGUUUGCUCGGGGAUUGCUCCCAUUGAAAGAAUCCCCGGCAUAAAUUGUUGUUCUAGGUGACCUGAUCACCCCUCCCACCUUCCCUGGAAGUUGUUGGGUAUUUCCGUCUGUCUGUAUAUGCAUGUAAUCUGUGUUGCUUAUAGCCUCUCAAGUUGUAUCCCGGGAAUGCCAAGCGCCGAUGACCAAAUAAAAGUUGUUUCUCAAGUGUA